AUGGGCGACCCUCGCAACUCACUGUGGUACUACGUCGACGCGGACCCUUCGGAUCCCGCGGACCCGGUGAAGCAGCGCGGCCCCGUGACGCUCGUCGAGCUCAGAGGGCUGUGGCGAUCGCGCGCGAUCGAUCGCGAGACGUUCGCGUGGUGCGACGGCAUGGACGACUUCAAGCAGGUGAGCCAUCUCCCGGAGCUCGCGGCCGCGCUCAAGGUGCCGCUCCCCGCGGACACGGCGAACAGCGCGCGCGCGGGCGCGUCCGUCGCCGGGCGCGGCGGCGACGGCGAGCUCGAUCGAUCGAAGAUGUGGAAGACGAAAGACGCGAACGGAGACGUCGUCGGGCCGGUCGCGUUCGACGCGCUGAAGACGUGGUGGGACUACGAGCAGAUCGACGAGGGCACGGAGGUGUGGACGAGCGGGAUGCGCGCGUACGCGCCCGUGCGCGACGUCCCCGCGCUGUUUAAGGCGCUCGCGUUGGGAGGCAUCGGAGCCGCGAUCGGAUCGAGGGUCAGGGUCAGGGUCGACGACGGAACCGGACGCGACGAGGAAGCGUCGGGGGGCGUCGGCGUCGACGCGCGGUAUCACCGCGAGAAGAACGACGACGUGCUCGCGGCGAUGGCCGAGCUGUUGAACGACGGGCGGCGCGUCGGCGCCGGCGGCGCGCCCGCGGCGUUCGUCGCCGCGGAGCCCUACCCCGCGGCGGCGGCGCCGGCGACGGCGACGUCUCUGCGAACGCGCGCGGCGGAGCCGCAGAGCCCCGCGGACGCGCUCGCGGCGAUCAUGCGACGCCACCGGGUCGACGCGACGCCCACGCGGCGCCCCGCGGUCGCGACGCCCGCGUCGACCCGCGCCGCGAGCGUCGGGAUGGAGGACCCCGCGGCGAAGACGCGUCUGUCGUUCCCCGCGCCGCCGCCGCCGCCGCCGCCGCCGCCGACGACGACGACGACGGCGACGGCGACCGGCGCGGGCGCGUUCGUCGACCCCGACGGAGGCUCGAUGCUGCGCAAGAUCGCGGACAUGUGCGGCGCGCUGAAGGACGAGAUGGCGUCGCUCGAGAACGAGUACGCGUCGAGACGAGCGACGCUGCACGAGGAGCACGCCAACGCGCACGCGGCGCUCGAAGCGCAGGCGCGUUCUAUACACUGGUCCCCAUACGACCCCGUCGGCGUGUUGCGAGAGACGGAGGAAAAACUCGCCGCGCGACGCGACGAGCUCGACGAGACCAUCGCGGCGACGCGAAGAGAGCGCGACCGCGUCCUCGACGACCGCCGCGAGCUCGAGGCGAUCGUGUCGGACGCGAGCAAGGUCAUCGCGGACGCGUCGCGCGCGGAUACGAGAGAGAAGGCGAUCGCGGAGCGCGAGCGCGCCGCCGCGGAGACGGAGUCGACGCUCGCCGCGGCGGGGCACGAGCUCGCCGCGCGCGAGCGACGCUGCGACGAGCUCGAGCGUCGAUGCGCGAGCGACCGCGCGGCGCUGAACCGCCGCGCCGCGGACCUGGACGCCGAGUUCGACGCGUGCGCGGCGGCGACGCACGCGCUGAAGCUCGAGAAGGAGAAGGCGGCGGCGGAGAUCAAACGCCGCGCCGCCGCCGUGGAGGAGCGCGAGAUGCGAUUGGACGGCGACGUGCGCGCGUUCGAGGCGGCGCGCGCGGCGCAGCUCGCGCGCCUCGCGGACGACGAGAACAAGGUGCGCGAGCACGCGGACGCGCUCGAGCGUCACCGCGAGCUGCACCGCGAGAUGCUCGAGGCGGACCGCGAGGCGGUUCGACGCGAGCGCGACGCCGUGGAGGCGUUGCGAGCGAAAACGAACGACGAGAGACGACGCGGCGAGCGCGACGAGGAGAGGCGGCGGCUCGCCGCGGACCACGCGGCGGCGGCGGCGGCGACGACGACGACGACGCCUGGACCUCUCGGGGGCUUCGGCGCGACCGCGGCGGCGGCGACGGCGGCGACGGCGUCGGCGACGGCGUCGCGGUACGGCGCCGCGGCGACGCGCGCGGCGUCCGCCGCGGGCGCGGUGCUCGUGCCCGUGUACCGCGGCGGUUUACCCGAGGACGGCGCGCGGAGGGAGGGCGACGUCGCGUUGGGCGCGGGGACGACCGUCGGGAGCGUCCGCGCGACGCUCGCGAGUCGGUUCGGGCUGCCGCCGGGGUUUACGAUGCGGCGGCGGCGGUCGCCGGUGUCGGCGGAGCACGACGGGAGGUUGGCGUCGGAUUUCUUCCGGGGGUACGACGACGCCAUCGUCGUGAUGGACUGACGACGCGAGCGGACGACGGGGCGGAGGGUUCGUUCCACUCGUAAAGUUGUAACGGUCGCGUUCGCAUCCUUCCUC